GACAAGAAUGGUCGCCUCGGCAAUCGGCGGACCGCAGACAGCACUCGGCUGAGCGCUUCCGCGAUCAUCCAGCACGUCGACGUCGUCGUCUGCCUGUGCAGCAAGACCAGCCAUGGUCCGUCUACCCCCCGAGCUCACGGACCGUAUCAUCGACUAUCUACACACUGACGUGCAUUCUCUCUGUGCGUGUGCUCUGACGUGUCGGACCUGGUUGCCUGCGGCUCGCUACCACCGUUUUCGUUCGGUCAGCGUUGCGCACGAAGAAGGCAUUGCAACGUUCGAAACCCUCGUAGCGUCUUCGCCGGCGAUAGGCCACAUCGUGGAAGACCUAGAGAUAUCUUUCUUUGGUUGCGAG